GGAAGCAAUUGCCGGAUUUGUGCCAUUGCACCCUUCACCUACCGUAACCCUUCACCAGUGUCGCUAGCAUCUGUUAUGUCUCAGCCAGUAUUUUUGGAACAGCCGACUGUCGAAUCGACAGAGCAAUCGAACCAAGGAAUUCCUCCAGGUGUAUUGGAAGCUCUACAAGGUCGGUCCAGUCGACCAAGGCCGCCACUUAGGCUGUUUGCAACCUUCGAGAAUGGCGUCUCCGAUGUUUCGCACAAGCACUAUGCUAUCGGCGAUUACCCAGAUAUGUUGACAAAUAAAUACCAGCUCAUAUGCCCUAGGGACGAAUGUCGCAGUAUCAUUCUGAGGGAAGGGGUUGCUCGUCUUGAAGAACGGGAUACUGUCCAGAUGCAACCCAGCCAUUUGGAGUUACAUCCGUUGAUGAUCCCGAUCCCAGAGGCUCCUGAAAAAUCAUCUUGGUGGCUCGUUGGACCGACACCGAUGGAGUUUGAUAAUAUCGGAUUCUCGAAAGCUGUUGAUUCUGUACCGCUCUCUCCGAAUGGCAAGAAGAUUAAAUUGCUUUCAUGCGCUGAAUGCGAUCUUGGUCCAAUGGGUUGGUGUGAGGAGGGCGGAAAAGAGUUCUGGCUUUCAUGCUCCCGCGUCGGAUACAGAUAUAUCGAGUGAAACGAUAUGUUUUGACCGGUCUGUUUUUACUUACCUACUAUCGAAUCAACGCUGUCUCAAUAGGUGUGCUACUUCUUACUUGUCUCUGUUGGCCUCAUGGUCCUAUUCAAUUUCAGUCAUAUAUGCAACUCCUUGAAUGUAUCUAUAUUGCGAUAAAUGAUAGUGUUCUGCUGCGUAUUAUGACAAAGUGUACCUGAUGGCAAGUGCUAUAUCGUACAAUAUGGCGGCCCAGGUCCGGGUCCA